AUAACAAGCAAUUUCAUUGGUUUAGGUCAACGAAAAGCACGAAAUUCGAAAGAAGAUCAGAGGUUGUAAAAAUAAAGAAAAUAUAAAACAUUUAAGGUAUCCUCGGAUCUUCAUAGCGAUAUGCCGCCAAUGAGACCUCAAAGAGGCAAAACACCAAGAAAGAGAGGCAAGAAUGGAGGCAGUACCUCGGAAACAGUUGAACCAGUUGAGGUAUACUGUAGAGUACGACCUCUCGACAACCCUGGAGAUGCUGUUUGUUUAACAGUUGUUAGUAACGAUAAAGUCAAACUUCUUUCAUCAGAGAACUCACUAGCGUUUGCAAGAACGGGGCAGUUGAAGGAGAUAGAGUAUAAAUUCCAGCAUGUAUUUGAUGAGUAUACGUCACAGAACGCUGUGUUUAAUCAUGUUGCCUAUCCACUCAUUGAUGAUCUGGUACAUGGGAAAAAUGGACUACUGUUCACAUAUGGUAUCACCUCGUCGGGAAAGACGUACACAAUGACAGGCACACCGCAGGAUCAGGGUAUAUUACCACGAUGUCUUGAUGUUAUAUUUAACAGUGUAGGGGAAUACCAGUGUAAAAAAUAUGUAUUUAAGCCCGACAAGAUGAAUGGAUUUGAGGUACAGUCGGAGGUUGAUGCCAUGAUGGACAGACAGAAAAAAGACAUUUUACCUGGUCUUACACCAAAAACACCUUCAACACCUAGAAUAAAUAGGGAUAAAGGUGAGUUUGGCAGAGACUGUGGCCGUGUAAUUGACACAGGUCGUGUAAACGACGUUGAUGAAGAUAACACAUAUGCCGUGUUUGUGUCGUACAUAGAAAUCUACAACAAUUAUGUGUACGAUCUUCUAGAAGAGUUACCAUAUGACCCAAUUACAGGAUACAAACCUCCGCAGUCGAAGUUUCUGCGUACAGAUGGCUGUGACAACAUGUAUGUGAUGAGUUGUACGGAAGUUGAGAUCAAAGCGCCAGAGGAAGCGUUUGAGGUGUUGUAUAAAGGACAGAAAAGACGGAAAGUGGCGCACACAGCGCUGAAUGCGGAGUCCAGUAGAAGUCACAGUAUAUUCAACAUUAGACUGGUACAAGCUCCGCUAGAUCCUUGUGGUCAGGAAGUUCUUCAGGACAAUGAAAAGAUCAUUGUGAGUCAACUAUCUCUCGUAGAUCUGGCUGGUAGUGAGCGAGUAAACCGGACAAACAACAAGGGGGACCGGCUGAAAGAAGCAGGAAAUAUAAACCAGACACUGAUGUCACUACGAACAUGUCUGGAGAUGCUUAGGGAGAACCAGAUGACCGGUGGAAACAAAAUGGUGCCGUACCGCGACUCCAAACUUACACAUCUGUUCAAGAACUACUUUGAUGGGGAUGGUCGUGUCAGGAUGGUUGUGUGCGUGAACCCAAAAGCAGAGGAAUUUGAUGAAACUGUUCAUGUUAUGAAGUUUGCCGAGAUGUCACAAGAGGUCAUGGUUCAGAGGUCACAGCAGGUGAAGUUUGACCUUGGAUUGACCCCAGGUCGUAGACGUCUGGGAGAAAAAUUACGCGAAGAGCGGUUAAGAGAGGAGGCUGAGAGAGAAAUUAAACAAGAAUUGAUGCCAGUACCUUCACCUAGUCUUAUUUAUACAUUAGGACCAGACUUCCCUAACCUUGAGUUGGUAGAUUACAGUGAUGAGGAAACAUUGAGAAGGUUGAUACAAUGCCUGUGUGAACGUGACACAAAAAGACAAACUUUACUAAUUGACUUUGAAGCCAAAGUAUUACAGUUGUACGAUAAGAGCAUGAAGAUCAGACAAGAACAAACGGAGAAAGAAAGAUUGAAGGACAACUUUAAACAAAGAUUAGAGAUGAAUAAUAUACAUUGGGAAGAAAACUUGGAUAAGGAAAGAAGGAAAAUUGAGCGAGAAAUGGGGAUGGCAUUGGAGGAGAAGGAGAAAAAGUUCAGUAUGAUGAAAGAAGUGUUGGACAGUGAUACCCCGGUAGCUAAACCACGUACGUUCAAAACCCCAGGAACCACGAUAAAGACUAGGACUUACACAACACCAGGAGUGAUACAGAGUGCCAGGUCCGAGUCUGACGUGUCAUCUAUUGGUGUACCUGCCCCGAGGACGAGAACCACAUCAGCCAUACCGUCAGUUCGACCCUGGGGCUAUGGUGGUAACAACAAACGCCCAGCUCCAAAGACCCCAUCAGUUACACCAAGAAGUAUACCUCAGUAUAAUUUAAGACAUAGAAGAUCCAAAUCUAACUCCGAGACAUGGCUGGACCAUAAACCACCAGGACAUUUAGAUCUCGACACUGUGUUACAACCAACAUUGAAGAAGAAGAAGUCUGUAAGUAAACUCGAGUCUAAGGAUACGAAAGUGGCCUCUAAAUAUAUGUUGACAGAUCAAGGUUUGAAUUCUGAUGGCGAGUUUCAAACCAGAUAUUUCAAGGGAGAUGUGAUACCUACCUCUGGGGGCGGAGCUUCUGUCAUCUUUAACGAUGUAGAAAUCCACAAACAGAAGGAGCCUGGGACCAGGAAGAGACGAAGCUCGUGCCCACAGCCGACAGAUUUUGACGGUGAGUGGACCGAUCCUGAGGAGAGAUGUGCAAUUGCGAUAGAAGGUCACAGAAGAAAGAGAAGUAAACAGUCGCCAGAACUUAUUUCAGUUGUUUAGACAACAUGAGGAGUCGUCCUACACCAGAAUCCCGAGUAUGAACAAACAUAAUUUAGAUACAAUUUCAUCCAAGGACCCUAUGACAAUACAUUGGCAUCAGCAACAGCAGCAAACACAUAUCAUAUCUACAAAAGUGAACAGUUUUAAUCUCCAAAUUUCUCUGAAAAUUUGAAGGAGUUUUUUAUCAACAAUGUGUCCCAGAGUUUGCCUCCAUACUGUAUUGUUUUGUUUAGAACUGAUUUAAUUUGAAUUUCUGGAUCCAGUCUACAAUAUCAAGCAUCUGAUUGGCUGUUGCAGACUAUACACGUGAUAUUGACCAAUGAUAGGCCAGCAUUUUGUAGACUGGUUUGCAAAUUUGUUGGGAGUUGGCAUGCUUUAAUGAAUUGGUGGAUAGGAACCAGUCACUUGAAAAUCAAACUGAGGCUGUUAGUGUAAAUAUGUUGAGGAGCGUUCAGAUGUAUAAAUAUACUGCUGUAAAUAUUGUUUUGUAAAUAGUUAUCAGUUUUUAAGACUACAAAGUGAAGAUACAUCAGUGAUCAAAUGAUUAUGAUUGAAGCAGACAGUUGUUAUGUCUUAAGUUUUAUCGAAAAAAACAUUUCCUCAAACUUGGUGCUAUUUUUUGCUCAUUUCUCCACUGUUUUGUAUAAGUUUUGUUUCCAAGAUGCACAGAAGUAAAGCCAGUAAGCACUUUAUUUGUACACAUAGGGUAAAAAAAACAAAAACAAGUCGUACAUAUGUUUGGUGUGUAAAAAAAUUAGGUCAUAUCAUUAUGUAUGUUCUUGUCGAAAAUAUUAGGAAUACAGUCACAUGUAAAUAUAAUGCACAGUUUGAGAAAGAAGUCACGAUAAAUUUGUCUAAGAAAAGAAAGGUAAUCUUUAAUUUCAAAAUUUUGUUUUGUUUGACAGAGAAAUAAGGAUAAGCAUUUUUAAUAAUUUAUUUGGACAAGAAAAUUGCAUUU